AUGGCAUUACAACCACUAUCACUACCAAAUUUUUCGGGUGAGUAUGAUGAAGAUAUUGAUAUUUUUAAUAGUCGAUUGUCAUCAUAUCUAGCUGGUGUUGGUAUAGAUCCAGUUGCUAAUCGGGAUCAAGCAUUUGGUAUUCUUAGAGGGUGCUUAUCUGGACGUGUAUUAAUAUGGUUUGAUGAGAAAAUUCUUGGUAAGCAUUGGGAACUUCACAAUAUAUUUGCAAACCAUGGUCAGGCUGGUAUGGGCAAUCUUCGAGGACGCACUAUGGGACAAAUGAAUACUAGCAAUAGUUUUAGAAAUCCUUCAAUUGCUUAUGAUUAUGCAAAUAUUGCUGUAUCUUUAUAG